AUGGCUGAGGAGGAUAGGGAAAAUCUCCCCUUGCAUGUUCUUCUGCGACAAUUAUACUGGUUCGGGCCGUUUCCAAACAAGACCGUCGAGAUAGCUGAUGAAGAGAUUACUAAGACCCUAGCGUCUCUGAAGAGGAACAAUCUACCAGCGCAGCAGGGAAUGUUCAAGGUCAUCUCAGAGAUCGAGCUGUCAAGGAAGGAUAACGAGUUUGUCCGUAGGAUAAUGAAGAUGGACUGGAGGGAUAGACCGAAUGCGAGAGACUUAUUGGAAGAUGAAUGGUGGGAAGACGAAUGA